AUGCCUUUCGUAGAUUCAUUGUUGGAGCAGUUCCUGGAGAAGUUUCACAGGCUGAUCACUUGCGCUCUCACCAACGAGCUUUGCAAAGGCUCCUUACCGGACUACAAGCUUUUCACCUACUUGGUGCAAGACCUCAAAUUUUUCCAAUUGGGCUUGAAUCUUUUUGGCAAUGCUUUAGCACGUUGUGACAGGCCGGAAUCGGCCAUCGUUUUGGGCAAACAGAUUGGGUUCGUCUCCAACUCUGAGAACACUUACUUCUUCAAAUGCUUAGACCAGCUCAAGGCUGAGUCCAGAGAAGAAAUUGAGGCCCACGCCAAGUCGAUGUUGAACGACAAUCCACCAACACUUCCUGCUGUGCAAAAAUACCUCGAUGUGCUCGCUUACUUGACAUUCGAACUGACCCUGUACCCUGAGAUCAUCACUUUCAUGUAUGUCAUGGAGAAAGUGUACCAGGGCUGGGCAGAGUAUCACUUGCAAAGAACCCCAGAGACGAAGCUGCUUUCUUACAAGCACUCUGAAUGGGUUGUGCUACACAGUGGGCCAGAGUUUGGUGCCUGGUGUGACUUCCUUGCAGCCGAGGUGAAUCGCGUGGGUGUUGAUGUGGAGAGCAAGAGAAAAUGCACGGAGUUCUUCGAAAAGACUUUGGAUUUGGAAAUCGAGUUUUUCGACGCCUGCUACGAAUACCAUGAGUAA